AAGAAAAUAAAAAUAUAACCAAAUUUUGUGUAUUUUCACAUUCCAGAACCUCAACAAUGGAGUAUUUGCUGCCGACUCUGAGGAAGAAGCAAGAGGUCGAUUCUCUCAUCAAAGACACCUUAGACAAAGUCCUCGUCCUUCGCUUCGGUCUCUCUUCUGAUGUCGUCUGCCUUCAGCUCGACGACGUCCUGUAUAAAUCGGCGAAAGACGUGUCGAAAUUCGCGACGGUGGCGCUAGUGGAUGCGGCGGCGGAGGAGAUUCAAGUUUAUCUCAAGUAUUUCGAUAUUACAUAUGUUCCCUCCAUCGUCUUCUUCUUCAAUGCUCAUCACAUGAAAAUGGAUUCCGGAAGUGCAGAUCACUGUUUCUUACCUAUUGCAGAAGUGCAGAUCACACUAAAUAGGAUGGUACAUUUCAGAAAAAGCAAGACUUUGUGGAUGUUGGGGAAGCGAUAUAUAGAGCUGCAAUGAAGGGCAAGCUGAUUGUAAACUGCCCGCUUCCUCCUGAGAGAAUACCAAAGUUUCAGGUGCUAUAUAAAGAUGUUUAGGAGAUACAAUUACAAAGGUUACCAAAACAACAAAUCUCUGUUUUUGUAAUGCAAUAACACUUGCAUGGUAUCGAGCGAAGACCUAUUGAGUUUACAGUAUUUGUUUCGUUCUACCAUCUAACUUUCUUGUGUAUAAAAGUUUUCUCAGGUAUACUUUCACUUUCUUUUUGGAA